CGCCUCCCGUCACCGGGGGUGGGGUUACGUGUGGGUGACGUGGCGGCCUCCAGUCUUUGGUCGGGUUUCGGCGGCUUCGGCACCCCAGGAGGAGGCGGUGACUUUCUGGGAGAUUGUGGCAGUGGUGGCGGCGGCAGGCGGCAGAGAGGAGGGUCCCGGGCCCGCGCUCUGGCCGCCAGAGCCAAGUUGGAAGGAGUCUGAAGAGGGUUCAACUUGGGCCAGGCAGGAAGCCGAGCCCUUCCCGCUGCGGGCGAGCCCCAGGAUCUGCGGGUGGCCUUGGCGCGGAAAUCCGUGCCAAGUGCCGAAGAGGCCAGAGGACUUACUGGCAGGGGUACUUUGCGGUGGGGAAGGAGGGGAAUGACACUCUCCCCUCCACAACAGUUCGAGGUUAUGCGUCUCGAUGAUCCCGCGGAAACGCUACGGUUCUAAGAACACGGAUCAGGGUGUCUACCUGGGUCUCUCAAAGACACAGGUUCUGUCCCCUGCAACUGCUGGCAGUAGCAGCAGCAGCGACAUCGUCCCACUGCCCCCUCCAGUAGCCCCGGCCCCUCCCCCUCCCGACACCAUGUCCUGCCGGGAUCGGACCCAGGAGUUCCUGUCUGCCUGCAAAUCGCUGCAGAGCCGUCAGAAUGGAAUUCAGACAAAUAAGCCAGCUCUGCGUGCCGCCCGACAGCGGAGCGAAUUCACCCUCAUGGCCAAGCGCAUUGGGAAAGAUCUCAGCAACACAUUUGCCAAGCUGGAGAAGCUGACAAUCCUGGCAAAGCGCAAGUCCCUCUUUGAUGAUAAAGCAGUGGAGAUCGAGGAGCUAACAUAUAUCAUCAAACAGGACAUCAAUAGUCUCAACAAACAAAUUGCUCAGCUUCAGGAUUUCGUGAGGGCCAAAGGCAGCCAGAGUGGCCGGCACCUGCAAACCCAUUCUAACACCAUUGUGGUCUCCUUGCAGUCAAAGCUGGCUUCCAUGUCCAAUGACUUCAAAUCGGUUUUAGAAGUGAGGACAGAGAAUCUGAAGCAACAGAGGAGCCGGCGGGAGCAGUUCUCCCGGGCACCCGUGUCAGCUCUGCCCCUUGCUCCUAACCACCUGGGGGGCGGUGCUGCAGUUUUGGGGGCAGAGUCUCGUGCCUCCAGGGAUGUGGCCAUUGACAUGAUGGACUCUCGGACCAGCCAGCAGUUGCAGCUCAUUGAUGAGCAGGAUUCCUACAUCCAGAGUCGGGCAGACACCAUGCAGAACAUUGAGUCUACAAUUGUAGAGCUGGGCUCCAUCUUUCAGCAGUUGGCACAUAUGGUUAAGGAACAGGAGGAAACCAUUCAGAGGAUCGACGAGAACGUGCUAGGAGCUCAGCUGGAUGUUGAGGCCGCCCAUUCAGAGAUCCUCAAGUACUUCCAGUCGGUCACCUCCAACCGGUGGCUCAUGGUCAAAAUCUUCCUCAUCCUCAUUGUCUUCUUCAUCAUCUUUGUGGUCUUCCUGGCCUGAACCCUCUCUACUCUGAGGCAGUUUGUGGGGGUUCAGGACCCUCCUGGGAGAGGAGGUGGCCAUUGCCUACACUGAGCCUGUUCAGGGUGCUUGAGAGAAAAGCCCUGUUUCCUCGGAACUGCUAAGAAUGACCACAGCCCAUGGUCCCCCACCCCUCUCCUCUGGCCACCUGACCUCCCCUCGCAACUCUCAGGCCCAUGAAACGCACACGGUUCUGGACAUGAACUCUGCUGUGAAGUGACUGAAAGGGAGCAGAGGCCAGCUGGGGGUCAAUGGGGAAGUUGCCUCCACUAGGAGAUUUUUAUAAACCUUCUCAAGCUUCUCCCAAAGGAAACUUUGGCAACAAAGGGAGAUGAUAUUCUCCACCUUCCUGAGAGUGAGGAGAGGAAACGAAAUUGUCCCAGGGACCAACUUUCCCAUCUGGGUUAGAAUAUGACUUCUUUCUUCCUCUCUUUACCACAUGAGCCUGGGGGCCCUGAGCCCUUCAGCUGCCUACACAGCCCCCAACACUGGCUGCUAGUGACUUUCAAUCUGCCAAAUAUGCUGCAGCCUAUUUUCUCCCAAUUACAAGACUGUCAGCCUCACUGGCUAUGUCAUCAUUUCUGGGUGGGAGCGCUGGGGGUUCUUGGCAGCAAAUGGAGUGAGCCACUGCCCACUAGCAGGACUGAAUGGGUUGGGCUAAUGCUGGUAGGGGCCUUCAUCUCAUGGAGGCAGCUUUUGGGUUCACAGCUCUCUCCAUGGAGGGGAAAACCAAGUGCAGUGGUACCUCACUGAUGUGGAAACAUCCUUUGAAAUGGGGGGGCAGGAUCCCAGAAUGGGUCCGUUGGUGGCAACUUCCUGACCAUCUCAAGUAGUGUUUGGACCUGUUUCAGCUGUAUCUUCCAACCAUUUACCCAGUUCCUCCUUAACUGAGUAAGGCAGGAGCUUUGCCAGCUGCCACAAGCUGAAAGUGAAGAAUUUGUUCUUAGCUCCAGCUGCAGCUCUUGAUUCCCUCCAAGCCACUCACCAAAUCCAAGCCAGUUACAAGAGGAUGGAAGACCUGCCUGGAAUACCCACACUCCAAGGAGGAUAAUAUGCUGCUUUCCUUCCUGAUCAGACCCACAAUACCAUUUUUGAGGUCACUCAAAGUCCCCACCUCAUAAAUCCCAAAGGAUGUUCAAACAGA